UAUCAGAGCAAUAAAAGAAAGAUGAGUGAGUGGAUCGACGCAACAAAGCUUUCAAUUACAUGGAUGGACACUCCUGAACAUUAUUGGACAUGGAAUUAUCUUCCAGAAUCUGGAUGUGACGUGGCUGAGCUUCAUCGCGUUUGUUUUCUUAACAUCGUUGGAAAGAUAGACUCAAAACGACUUACUCGAAAGACUAGUUUUGGGGCAUAUCUAGUGUUCAAGUUGAAUGAUCAACAACAAAACCUUGAACGAGCCAUUGCAUCAGUGAGAUUUGUUAAGGAAAAGGCAAAGGGCACUGAUGGUGAGGGUUACACUGUUUUCAUCUCAAAGUCAAAGGAACACGGAGAACAUGGCAUAUUCCCACACCUUCGAGCCGAUGAGUGGAUGGAAAUAAAGCUUGGUGAAUUUUUCAACAACUUAGGUGAAGAUGGUGAAGUUGAAAUGACGUUGAUGGAAACCAGCAACGAUAAAUGGAAAUCUGGUCUCAUCGUUAAGGGCAUUGACAUUCGUCCAAAUUAAAUAUUGGGGAUCAGUUUGAUAUUAUAAACCUAAUUACUGGCAUGGAUACAUCUAUAGCCAGUGGGGCCUUUAU